AUGGCGAAGUAUCUUCAAAACCCUUUCAAUAAUGGCGAUGUAUUUAGAUUGCCCAAUUUUGUGUACAUAAUUCCAGGUAAUCGACAGUUGUUGAGACGAAUUUUCACAAAUUUUGUUUCAGAAUAUCUUGGUCACCUAGCUAUCUUGAUUUCACUUGAUGUGAAUCCAGAUGAAGACAUAAUCGAGGAAGUUCCUACCAACGAAAUGAACUCUUAUGGUAAUUAUUUACCUCACCGUGCAGUGAUAAAACUAAGCAGCAGCACUACUCCAAUUCGUCCGGUGUUUGACGCUUCAGCGAGAUUAGCAAAUUAUCCAUCUUUGAAUCAGUGCUUGGAAUGUGGUCCUAAUCUCAUUGAGCUUAUUCCAAAUAUUCUUCUUCGAUUCAGAGAGGGACAGCUUGGCGUUAUAGCUGACAUCAGGAAAGCUUUUCUGCAAAUUAGUAUUCGUAAAGAGGAUAGAGACUUCCUUCGGUUUUUGUGGUGGGAAAAUAGAGAAGAAAAGAAAUUGAGAGUUUUUCGUCACACAAGAGUUGUUUUUGGGGUAAAAUGUAGCCCUUUUCUUUUAGCUUCAGUAAUUGAGUACCAUAUUCAAAAAUGUGAAGGAUUUGAAAAAUCUUUGAAGAAAAGACUUUUGGAGAGUUUCUACAUUGAUAAUGUCGUUACUAGUGUCGACAGUAAAGACCAAUUAGAUCGAUUCAUUGACAAUUCUAAAACCUUGAUGGCAAAAGGUGGUUUUGAUCUUAGAGAAUGGGAAUGGUCUGGCGACUGUGAAACUAAUUCAAAGGAAGAAACUCAGGUAUUAGGUCUUAUUUGGAAUAAGAAAUUAGACACUUUGAAAAUUAACAUGAAAUGGCUGGAUGGCAUUAAUGUGGAAAAAGUAACUAAAAGGAGUAUGUUAUCUACAGUACAUAAAGUAUUUGAUCCUUUUGGAUUCACUGCACCAGUGAUGCUCUGUCCGAAAAUAAUGCUACAAAAGGCAUGGACAUUAGGUACAAGUUGGGAUGAAGAAGUAACUGGUGAGCUUCGUAAAGAAUUUCUACAGUGGUUUCAAGAACUUAAGCAUUUGUCUGACAUACAGAUUCCUAGGUGUGUUCAAGCAUCUUCAAAAGAUAUAAGCAACUGCACUAUUCAUACGUUUGUUGAUGGAAGCAAAGAUGCAUAUGCUGCUGUUACAUUCCUUAGAAUAGAAAAUAAUGGUCGAAUCGAGCUAUUUCUACUUGCAGCGAAAUCUCGAGUGGCUCCUUUAAGAGGCACAACUAUCCCAAGAAUGGAACUUCUUGCGGCGGUGAUUGGAGCGAGGCUAGCGAAUUCAGUUGUUGAAGCUCUUGGUUGGAAAAAUGUUACGAUAUAUUACUGGAGUGAUUCUACAACAGUGCUUGCAUGGAUAUUACGAGAAGAAAAUUGGUCUGUCUUCGUUAGGAACAGAGUCCAAGAGAUAAGGAAGUUGAGUAAUCCUACAUCAUGGAGACACAUACCUGGUGAUAAGAAUCCGGCAGAUUUACCUUCCAGGGGCUGCAAGGCAAAACAUCUAGUCUCCCUAAGAUGGUGGGAGGGUCCACAAUGGAUGAAAAAUGCUUUUGAAUUUCAAAACAUUAUGGGUUCCACCAACCAUGAUUGGAAUGAAGAAGAGAUUAGAAAGGAAAAGUCUAAGACGACUUUUAUAUUAUCAAAUAAUGAAGCCCGUGGUGUUGCAAACUGGUACUACAGAUAUUUUUCGAACUAUGAUAGAAUAGUUCGUCUUGUUGCAUGGAUCCUCCGCUUCAUGAACAACUGCAAAAAUAUAACUGAGAAGAAGCAUGAAGAAGAAAAGAGAUUAAAAACCCUACAAGUAUUUAAAGACGAUCGUGGCAUCAUCCGUUUGAAAACUAAAAUUAUUUAUCGCAAGGACAGUGAAGAUUUUCUUAAACCUAUUGUUCUUCCUCCGAAUCAUGAAGUGGUAAAGCGGUUAAUCUAUAAUGCUCACGUUAAGAACUGUCAUGCUGGAGUCCAGAUACUAUUGAAUGCACUUAGAGAAAAGUACUGGAUCCUAAAUGGAAGAAAAGCGGUGAAACAUGUGGUGGCCAAUUGCAUUACGUGUAAAAGAUAUAGCUCAAAGAACAUAGAAGUUAUAAGUCCCCCCCUUCCAGAAAAUAGAGUAAAGGAUGCUGCGGUGUUUCAGAUAACUGGCGUUGAUAUGGCUGGACCUUUAUUCCUUAAAGACAAGAAGAGCUGGGUUCUGAUUUUUACUUGUGCAGUGUACAGAGCAGUUCAUUUCGAGCUUGUUACUGCUGCAUCGACUGAUGUUUUUUUAAUGGCCUUUAGGAGAUUUGUUUCUCGCAGAGGAAGAUGCACAACAAUAUACUGCGAUAAUGGCUCCAAUUUUGUUGGAGCAGCCAACUAUUUAAAACAACUGGAUUGGAGCCGCAUCCAAAAAUAUGGAGCAAUAAACUCUAUUGACUGGAAGUUUAAUCCUCCAACUGCUGCCUGGUGGGGCGGAUGGUGGGAGAGAUUAAUUAGAAUUUUAAAAGAUCUUUUGAAGAAAGUGUUAGGACAGGCACGUCUCAAUUAUGAGGAGAUGAUAACGGUUUUGGCAGACUGCGAGCGUGUAAUCAACUCAAGACCUCUAACUUACAUUUGCGAAGAGGAAGCUAUAAAACCAAUUUCUCCAUCGAUGUUCAUACAAGAUGUGCAUGAAUGCAAUCUUCCUGAUAUAGAUGCUGUAGAGCAAAAUUCUGUGAGCAAUAGAUUCAAAUACAGACAAGCAGUGCUUAAAGACUUAAGAAAUCGCUUCAGAUCUGAGUAUUUGGCUUUGUUUUUACCCACAACUUUCGAAAUAGCAAACCGUGCACAGAAUGGAUAUACCAUGUACAUGAAAUGGACAUUCAAUCGCUAUCAGCACAAGAUAGUGUACGAUAUCUACAAGAUAUUUGAUAUUUCGAAUGCCAGAUAA